CAAUUUGUACCCACAUCAUAAACAAAAAUCGACUAAACGUGGAACUACACUUUGUUCCAUUGACUCUUAAAACACUUGAACUUUAAAACACUUGGAACUGCACUGUGCAUGAUGUCAGAGAAAACUCGAGUAUAAGCCCAAAGUUAUCCCCAGUUGGAACUGCACUCUGUCCAAAGAAAAUCGAUAUAACCCACGUUGUUCCGAGUCGGUGGAGAUAAAUCAUGGAGGAAACUCAUUAAUUGUCCGAGUCGGUGAAGAUAAAUUGUCGAGCAUAAGGUGGAUAAAAUUACAUGUCGAGCACUAUAUAUAUAUAUAUAUAGUUCUGUCACUAAUGAUAUCCACUAGUUCAAGAAACAUAUAUAUCAUAAAAACUAAAAAAAGUUAAUUAAGUGUCUUUGACAGAAAAAUGGCUUCGGUAGUGAACGAGACAAGCGACUCAGAAUCGCAUAAAGGAUGGAUGUCGUUGUCAACUAUAUCAACUCCACCUCUUCAGUUAGUAGCCAUAAUUGGCAUAGUGAUGUUCUUAUUGUGGACUUCAUCUUAUGUGAAUAUGCAGACAACAAGUACCACCAUAAACUUUUUCCUUUUGUUUUUGAGUCUUGUCAUUACCCUCAUUGCUCAAUUUGCACGCUACGUGGCUCCGACUUCGAAUGUGAUAACUUUGGAAGGUGGAGACGGGGGACAAUCCACUUGGGGAUCGGUUGCUUUGCUUAUGUUGCUUCUUGUUUACAUAUCAAAUCGACUUCAUCCUAUAUUUGUUAUUGCAAUAGUUUUUUUAUAUAUGUAUAUAUUAUCAGUGUAAGGAAUAUCUUUCCUUUAUAAUAAACUAUAAAUAUAAAUAGUAUUUAGAAAUUGAUAAUUAAUCUAUAUUUUCUAUUAGAUACCUCAACUUUUUAAAUACUCUUUUCUUUAUUUACAUGUGAGAAUGGAGGAAGUACUUUAUCGUUUGGUUUGUGGGUAGUUAGUCUUUAUUGUUAUUAUAUAUAGUUGUUAUCAUUCAAUAGUAGUUUGUUUUUAUCAAAUAAUAUAUUAAUAUAGAGUGGUUUAUAAUAAUGUUACCGUUCGUUAAUUUCAACUUUGUAUGUUAUUUCAUUAAUUUUCUUUUA